AUGGCUCUGCAAACUUCGUCCUUCUCAGCCGAUUUGUUGGACCGACAAAGGCUUCCACCUCUUCAUGAAAUAUUUCGUGGCGAUCUUCUGCAACGUACACCGAUGAUUCCAAAUGACGCACCACAGCCUAGGAUGCAACGAUCUGUGGAUGCUCUAAGGUCCGGAGACGGGACCAACACCAUGGUUACGUCCGAGGAGGCUGCAACGAGAAGGGCAGACCCCACCACGGGCAAUUUCACGCAGACCUUGGCACACCGCAAGACUUUAGGCGACCUCAAAUCCGCAGCGAAUCUCAGCCGGCAUAUGCCUUACGAGACCAUGAAAUCUGCUAUCCCCUCAGAUUUUGCCCCUUUGGGAGUGAAGUCUCCUGGCGCCCUAGUAGAACCAGCGUCCACUUCAGUAUACGAAAAGCAACCUCAAUCAGCUCAUGAGCUUGAAACUCCACAAGGAGGAUUUCAGAAAGGCUUUCUCUUCGGACCGGUCACCUACCGGUCAUCAAACAGCGCAGCACUUCAAGAGCAAGCCUCAGCACGUCCAAGUUAUAUUGAUUACCGAAGAGGAUCAGCUCCGGCUAACUCUCAAGCCUUUUCAAAUUUUGAAUGGCCGCGCCAGCAUCGGCGUUCUCUUUCGCCGAAGCUGGGUGAGAAGCACCGGAGCACGAGCCGUGUCUCCAAGCCAGCUAUAAACAUCAAGAAUGCUCACAACCAAGCGGAGAUGGCGCGGAGACAGAGCCAUCGAAUUUCCAUCAACAAUUUCCGGAAACUUGUCCCUCGAUGUGCGGCCGAUAGUUCAAAGGAUACGACUUUGAAAGAGUCCGUCGCCUAUAUUCAAUCUUUCCAGGAGCUGCUACCAGCCAUUGCUAGACUGGUUGCCGAUAUUGAUGGACCUGAUGCUGCUGCUGUUCGCCAUUUUCUUGAGACGCAGCAUGGUCAUGACAAUGUCUUGACGCCUCCGUCCAGUGGCCGGUCCACUCCGCGGUACGACCAGCGUUCAAUGCCCGCAAAUCCUCUCAAUCAAGAGUUCCUUCACUUGGAAUCGUUCCACAAAGGCUGA